AUGGGGGUACCUACAACAACGCCCGAGUUGUCGCAGCUCGUUGUCGACUUGUCCGAGGCGCGAGCCGCGUCGCGCGAGCUUCAGAAUGCGCUCAACUCGAACGACGAGGCGUCAAUUCCCGCCGCCGUCGAUCGCCUCAAUGUACUCACGACCAAGCUCGGUUUGGUGAAGUGGACCAUCGACGACGACAAGCUCGCGGACUCGUCCAGCCUCUUUGAGCGCCUCCCAGUUCUCACCACGAUCCUUGACGAUGCGCUCACGUCAUCGGAGCCUGAGCCCGACUUUUCGGACAAAGAGGUGAUCACCCACGCGAGUGGUGGCGCCGUCCUCUACGGCGUUCGCUUUGGUGUCUCGGGCAACGACUUGGUCCAGCGCGCGGAAAAACCACUGUUGCAGCCACCAGCAGAGUGCAAACUCAACGGUCCGAUUGCCAACACGAUCACGGCCUACGAGCAGUUUGCAAGCGCCGAGGCCGCGACGACCUUCCGCACCACGGUGCAAUCGUGCGGCAAGUCGUUUGGCCUUGACGCCACGGGCUCCUACGGCUUCUUUGGUGGUAGCGCUGGUCACAACUCGGGGUCCAGCGCAGAGAGUCGCAACUCGACGACGUCGGCGGCAAUGACGACGUCGGUUGCGCACGUCACGUACGCCUUUGUGCCGGUCAAGUCGUUCCGGCUCGACCGUCCGUCGAUGCGCCUUACGGACGAGGCGAUCAACGAUGCGAAAAACGUGACGGCGUCCACGGCGGCGGCGUACUUUCUCGAGGACUAUGGCUCGCACGUCUCGAGCGGCAACUACCACCUCGGCGGCAUCUACUGGAAGACGACCGAGAUGCGCACGAAGGAGGCCACUAUCGUUCGCGAGAUGACCGAAGCCUGCCGCAAGCACGCAUCGUCGCAUCUCUCGGCCGAGUACGGUGCGUUUGGGUACGGCGUCGGCAUUGACGUUCGCCGUGGCACGUUUGAGGCCAGUGCGGAUGCGUCCGGCUCGAAGAAGGAAGCCCGUCAAUGCGACAUUGAGACGCGCCUCGAGCACACGGGUCCUCAUGCACCAAGCUUCACCAUCUUCUGCGACAAGCUGCAUGCGAGCAACCGAACGUGGCGCGUCAUUGACCGCCCGGCGUCAUCUCAAGCGCUCAUUGGCGUCUGGGACCUCCUCGCCGAGAUUCCUGACUGCGCGAUUGCGGCCGACCUCAUCCGCAAGAUGUGGCUCACGUCCGCGCAAGCGUUGAGUGCAGUACCGUGCGUGCGCAAGGUCAUGGAGCGUGCGCGUGUGAACGCGUGGCUGUGUGACCCGUCUGUCGGGUCCGAGAUCCUGCACGAGAAGGUGGCGGAUGCAACGGCGGCGUCGCACCUCGCUGAUCGGCACGCGCAAGGCAUUGUGGCGGCGCUUCAACACGGCAGCAAUGGCCAUGGCGAAAUGGUGCUCGACUUUUGCCUCUUUCUUGCGCGUCUCGACAGCGAGUUUGACCUGGAGCUCACGGCCAAGCACUUGCGCAAGCCCGAGAUGCAGCGUGCGCUUACAGCCGCGGCAAACACUGCGUCGCCUGUUACGCUGCAGCGCCUCAGCGACGUCUUUUUCCAUGUGAUCGAGCCCAAGCUUGCGUACGCCACGCCGGUUGUGAAGCUCGACACGGCGUUCUCCGAUUCGCUCAAGCGGUCGCGCGCUCUCACAGCGCCCGAGACGACGGGGGCAGUGUGGGAGCCACCGAGUGUCGAAGUCGGGACGUUACCCGAGGCCGUCGAAGAGCUCUGUCGCCCGUACUUGGAUGUGGUCGUGCCCGCCUUGCGCCAGCUCCAGGUCCGACUCGGCGCAUUCCUUGUCAAGAAUUUAGAGUCCGGCAGAACACCCAAGCACCAGGCGUACUGGAACAUUGCGCAGCGAUACGGCUGCUACCCCGAAGGCUUCGCCAACGACCUCACAAAAGAGCAUAUCGAGUCGUUGGUGAGCGAGCUCCAAAGCGCGUUCAGUGUCGAGGAAGUUGUCGACGAAAGCGGCGAUGAAGAGGCGCCGGAUCCGUCGCCGUUUUCCGCCAAGCCUACGACGCCAGAGGGUCGGCCGCUCAGUCAUCUCGUUCGCGUCACGCCGCGGUCAAAUGUGACGAACGACCCGCGAGAGCGCAUCUGGCACACGCUCAAGCACCGCCUGGGUCUCGAGAAAGAGCUUUUCGUUGCCCAAGGCGGUGCUGCCAAGCCCGCGGCCACACGCGCCGUGCGCGGUGCCAAGGCCAAGUCAUCGGCGACGACGGGCGAGUCCGCGCGGUCAGUGAUGCUUGAUGCACUGCUGGAUCUCACUGGGCCGUUGACGCCCACCGCGCGCGCCGAGGUAUUUCGUCUGAUGCUCGACCGCCGCCUCCUUGUGCCAUACCUCGUGCCAUCGGAAACCGGCCUUUUUCGGUCGGAGGCCACGCCACUUGGUCUCAUCGAGACGUUCAUUGGGAGUCAACAUGCUUCGUUGAUGCGCGAUACGUCCAUCACGCGCGUCGCCGUUCUUUCGGAGCGUCCGACCAAGAGCAGUGUGACCAAAGACUGGAUCAAGGGCAUCUUCCACGUCGACUCGAUGCACUGCCUCGACCGCAACCACGGCAAUCACGUAACAUCGGCGACCGUCGCGGAGCUCGGAUGGGGCUUUGUCAAGCGCAACGCCGAGUUUACGCCCGUCAUGGUGCUGCAUGUCGUCGGCAACUACAAGCCACUCGUGCCCUUCAUUCGAGCAUUUGCGGACGCGGCCAUUGUCGACGUUGGCAACGCCGACGACGAGGAUGUGGCCGUGGCCUUGUCGCACGGCUGUGUUGUGCACUGGCGCAACGCCAACGAAGACGAAGACGACGAGGCGAUUGACGGCAAGUCGGACGACGUCUUUACGCUCGCCAUGAACUGCGCGAAUUCAACGUCCCAUGGUCGUAUCACCGACUACAUCUUGGACGAGACGGCGCCGCCCAAUGCUCGGUGCGCGGUUGCCGACAUUUCUCUGCCGACGCUUCUUUUACCGAGCGACGUUGUCCCACCGACGGCAACAAAUGCACUCGAGCGCACCAACUUUGCAACGUUGCGCCGCGAGACGUUCCAGCUCCAGCUGCUCUUCGCCCAGGAGGCCCAAUUCCAGAUCAAGCUCGAGCGUGAGAUCAACGUACCCGACCGCCAAGUGCUCACGCAGAAUAUUCGAAAGCUCAAAGACCAGCACGCGGCCAAGGUACGCGUCGUCAAGUCCAACCCACUCCUCUCGUACUUUUUGCGCGUGCUCGAGCAGCCGCAUGCAGCGAACCGCGAGAUGAUGCUCAUCGACCUCGAACGACGCCUUGCCACGAGCUGCGAGGCGAUCAGCCAGUCGGCACGGGACCAGUACCGACUUGCGCGGGACGCGUUCAACAAGCACGGAAGCGCCAAAAACCGCAAGGCGUACGCGGCAGCGCUAGAGAUGUGGAGCAUGAUGGUCACGGGCAUCGAGCAUCUCUGGCGCGAGCUCUCGCACAUCUUUAGAUCCGACCCCAACAAGUACCGGCGUCUGCCUCGGCUCGCAGCGCAGCACCUUCUCGAUGGCUUUCCGCUCGAGCUCAUGGACGGUGACGCGGCCAUGGUCAACAUCACAUGGAUCCGCGCCGUCUUCAACCAGCUCGGCGAUCAACUGCCCAAGCGCACGCGCAUCUUUGUGCUCUCGAUCAUGGGCGUCCAGUCGGCCGGCAAGUCGACGCUGCUCAACUACAUGUUUGGCGUCCGCUUGCGCACGUCCGUCUCGCGGUGCACGCGCGGCCUCAACAUCCAGCUGCUCAAGGUCGAUGGCUCGGCUGCGUACGACUACGUUCUGCUGCUUGACACGGAAGGCAUUCGGUCGCCCGAGUACGUUGGCAUGGACGGCAGUGCGUGGCGUGACAACCGCAUGGCGACGCUGGCCAUCUUGCCAUCCGACGCCACCAUCAUCUUGACCAAAGGCGAGUCGACGGUCACGAUCAGCGAGAUCCUCCCGAUUGUGCUCUCGGUCUUCCUCGGGUCCGAGCUCGCAGAGCAGUACGGUAGCUACCUCACGGCCAACCUCUUCUUUGCGUUCAACCAGAUCGACUUGACGCAGUCGAGCAACAUGGAGACGAUCGUCGACACACUCAUGAAGGACCUCCGCGAGAACGCAGCCAAGAUCGCCGAGAUUCGUGCCAACGAGAUCAGCCUCGAAGGCGCACCGUCGGUUGCGUCGUCCGUCGAGUACUUUCGCGACUUCCGUGCCGACAUCUCCAACAUGGACGGAUGCGACGUGCGCUUCUUUGGUACGACGCACGGAUCGAGCGGGCCGCCGCUCGACACGCCCGAGGCCGCGUACGGUGGCAACCUUCUUCGGUUUUGGGACCACAUCAACGCCCGCGCUAUGGAGCGUGGCGCUGACUGGCGCGGCCGCACGAUCGACGAGUUCAACGAGGCGCUUCUGCGUGUCUGGACCUGCAUCGGCACGGCCAACUUCCAGCUCAACUUUUCGGCGGCCCAUGAGCAAGUGGCGUACGAGAACUUGAUGCGGCGCAUGACCGAGCACACGCGGGAGCUCGCCAAGCUAUACUCGACGGCGUUCGACGACAUCCUCAAGCGCAUUUGCGACGACGACGCCAACGGUGUGCUAUUUGAGCCCGGCAGUACGAAGUACGCGCUCUUCCUCGAUGGCCAAGUCGUCGACGCAGUUGUGACGCUCGACGUCAAGGUGCACGCCGACCUCUCGCAGGAGAAGUUUGCGCAGUGGAAGGCAACGCUCGAGCGCAAGUGGGUCGACCUGAAGCACAACCAAGCCGAGCACUCGAAGCGGCUCGUCCAGGACAAGGUCGACCACGUCUUUCUCUUCGAGUCGCACGUCAAGCGCUACAAGAGCGAGCUGCAAGAUAAGCUCACGCGCCGCAUCGAGCAGCAGGGUGACAUUGAAACGGCAAAGCUCUCGUUUGACUCGAUCUUUGCCGACAUGCUCGGUCGCAUCAAGCUCGAGCACCCACCGCUGGAUGUGCGCCACCGGGUCGAGGAAAUCGUCUUCAACAACGAUGUGUUCUCGCUCGACCAGCGUGUUGAGCUGCGGAAGAUCUUGGAGGGCAAGGUUCGGACGCGAGACAUUGGGCCCAAGGUGUGGUGGGGCAACCAAGUUGUCGAGUGGUUCAAGGGCACCAAGCAAAUGAGCCCCAAGGACGCUGUGAUCGACGCGAUCAACGAUAUCUUGAACGCCGAGCUGGCCAACGUCCCGCGGUACCUUGACGACGUCGUGCUCAACGUGAUGAUCAAGGUCAAGAUGUUGAUCUUCAAAGAAGUGCCCGCAUCACUCGUUUCGACGGCGCUCGCUGCGCUCUACCGCGGCCUCGUUGACAAGUUGAUCAAGAUUCAGAUGCGCUGGGACCUCAACAACAGCGUCGUCACCAAGUUUGCCGCGUGCAAGCCGAGCAUGAAGGCGUUUGCCGAGAACAUCUGCAAGGGCCACAAAGCCGCGGGCCUCCUCAUCGUGACGCUCGAUGGGUGGCUCCAGCACCACCUUCACGAGGCGUUCGAAGAGCAGCUCGUCAGCGAAGUCGCGACGAGCCUCAAGAGCCAACGCUGGGUCCAAGACGCGCAAGCCAUGCAAGCCUUCCUGGACAAGGACCUUUUGAAGCGCGUGCGAGCUGGCUCCACGACCCGCGUCCUCAGUGCGAUCCAAAAUCCACUGGCGCAUGGGGCUGAAGUCAAGACGGAGCUCAUUUUGGCCAAAGUACAAGAGUGCCAUGAUCGCAUGGCCGAGGCCAUCGUCGACAACGUCAAGGAAAGCAUUGUUGUCGCGGCAGCCAUUGCAGGCAAGGUCAACACGCGCCGCAGCGAGCGUUUCGUGCAUGAGAUCCGACUUGCGCUCCAAGACCGGCUCAAGCUCAGCGGUACGAGCGUACUUGUUGAGAACCUACCCAAGGCCGACAACGACGUGAUGAACUGCGACGAGCAAGGCCCGGGCAUCUUCACGAGCAGCUCCAAGCCCAGCGUCCUUAACGCCGUGCUUCAGAGCAUCGAUACGCACAAGGCCCAGCUGCGUGCAUCGACGGGCGUCAGCACUUCCAUGGCGACCAAAGUGCUCGAGCUCAUCUGCGACGAGUCCUUUGGUGCAUCUAGCGGUGUCAUCCCGCGCUGUGGCAAGCCGUGCCCCCACUGCAGCUGCCCGUGUACCAAGGCGUUGGGCCAUUCCAGCUUCGAAGACGACAAGCUCCACGACACGUACCAUCAACCGGCCGGCUUGGUGGGCGUGAGUUGGUCCGGCUCCGCUAUCCUCGUCGCUGAGAGCUGCGCCACAAGCGUCGUCGACGACAAUACCAUUCAUUUCAGCGACGGCAAGGUCACUCCCUUCAAGGAAUUCGACACUGCGUUCCCGGGCUGGGCUGUCCCAACUGUGACGCAGCGGUUGCCGCUGCGCGAGUACGUUUUUGCGAAGUACCAAGACGCGCUCGUGGAGCAGUACGGCCAUUUCAAGUGCAAAGAUAUCCCAACCUCAUACAACCACGACUUGGACGACCUCGGACGCACGAUUGACCGCCUCUGCAUGGGCAUAUAACUUCCCACGGCCAUCCUUUUGGAGCCUCCAUAUUGCAUAGUAGUACGACGAAAUUUACAUGUUUCUUG